AUGGCUGAGGGCAGCGAGCUGAUGAACAGGCUCAUGAGCGAGAACGCCGACCUCAAGAAGCAGGUGCGUCUCAUGAAGGAGAACCAGAUGCUGAAGCGGCUGCUGAGCGAGAGCUGCCAGGAGAGCUGUGGGCGCGGGGGCCGUGACUUCCUCUUCCCCAAGGUGCCCGCCUACCCCGAGGCCUGCUCCCCGGGGAGCACAGUUCCAGACUUUGGAAGGUUCGCCAGUGGCCCUGAUGCACCCUCCCAGCUGCAGGGGUCCUCCCUGGAAGACCUGCUGUGCUCACACGCCCCCGUCUCCAGCGAGGAUGAUGCCUCCCCGGGCUGUGUGACUUCCUCACAGGUGCCCUUCAAGGCUUUCCUCAGCUCCCCGGAACUGCGUGUCCCCCGAGGCUCCGACCGAAAGCUGUCCCCACUUCUGAGCCCCUUGCAGGACCCACUGGUGGAGAAGACCCUGCUGGAGACCCGGGAUGUGGGCCGGCCCAAAAAGGUGUGCUUCUCAGAGAGCAGCCUGCCCUCCGGGGACCGAACCAGGAGGAGCUACUACCUGAAUGAGAUCCAGAGCUUCACUGGCACCGAGAAGGAUGGUCGCAUUGUCGGGGAGAUUGCCUUCCAGCUGGACCGGCGCAUCCUGGCCUAUGUCUUCCCAGGGGUGACCCGGCUCUACGGCUUCACUGUGUCCAACAUCCCUGAGAAGAUCAAACAGACCUCCAUCAAGUCCCUGGACGGCUCGGUGGACGAGAAGAAGCUGCGGGAGCUCACGCACCGCUACCUUACGCUGACGGCGCGCCUGGAGAGACUGGGCUACAACCGCGACGUGCACCCCGUGUUCAGCGAGUUCCUCAUCAACACCUACGGCAUUCUGAAGCAGCGGCCGGACCUGCGUGCCAACCCGCUGCACAGCAGCCCGGCCGCCCUGCGGAAGCUGGUCAUCGACGUCGUGCCCCCCAAGUUUCUGGGCGACUCGCUGCUGCUGCUCAACUGCCUGUGCGAGCUCUCCAAGGAGGACAGCCGCCCGCUCUUCGCCUGGUGA